AUGUUGGUCCUUGGCGGAGACUUCAACACCAGCCUGGAGACAAGGACAUCGGUGGCCGGAGGUGGGCUGGUGCAGGGACCGCAGGCGAACGACUUGGUUCAGGAGAGACAGAUGGUGCUGGAGAUCUUGGCCAAGCAUAGGCUCACGGCGCUGAACAGCUGGGGAAAGAAGUCUCCGACGUACCUGCAUCCGAGCGGGAAUUCCCAAAUUGACUUUCUAUGCAUUCGCCAGCACUCGGCGGACAAGAUCAGUAGACAGACUGGACCCAAGCAAGUGGGUCUCGCGGCAUGGCGGCAAAGGCUGCAGCAACUCCGGAACAAGAUUCUGUCCCGCUGCUCUGGGAAGGAAGCCCGAGACAGGCUUCCGCCUCUGAAGUCCGUGGACCAGCAGAUCGCAGCUGCGCAAAAGGCGCACAGAGCACUUAAGAAGGCCUGCCGGGAGCGCAAGAAAGCUCAGCUGAUGGCAGGGCUUGAGUCUGUCGAGAAUGCAGCCCGAAACGGAGAUAGCAAAGCUUUCUACAGUUCCACGCGUCUAGUUUCCCCGAAGCCCUAUCUCCCUAAGAUUAAGCUUCGUGACAAGAGUGGCGCUCUGCUUACCAGAGCUCAAGAGGGGGAGAUGCUUAGUCAGUAUGCCGCCGAGUUGUUCUCCGGACCUUCCACUGAGCUGCCUCCGCUACUUCCGGUUCCAGAGCAUCUCCUAGAUCAGCAGGCGUGGCAGUGGGCACUAUACAAGCUCAAAAAGGGCAAGGCGGUUCCAAACGGCAUGGCCCAAAUUCUCACUUGGCAGGUGUGGUCGAGCACAGCAUCGGCGAGACUCGCAGAGAUCUCUCAGGCCACGCUUUGCAGUGAGCAUCCGUAUGUUCCGGAGUUGUGGAUGCGGGUUCAGCUUGCUUGGCUGCCAAAGCCCCAAAAGGCGUACGCGUCCCCACAUGUCAUGCAGUCUCUGGAGGACACGCCGCAGUUUGCAUAUAGGCUAUGCAAACUUCUUAACGAAAGACUCGGCAGAAAUUGGUCGCAAUCCACCCUAACUAUCUUUGCUGAUGACAAAUUCCUUUGCUGGACAAUUGGGAGUGAGCGGGACCUGGAGCAGGCGGUUCGUGAAGUUGGAGUGGUCCUGGCCACGCUGAGGGAGCUGGGCAUGAAGGUGAGCAACUCAAAAUCGGAGGCUGUACUUGCAGUGAAGGGCAAUGAAGCGGAUGCGGCUCGUAAGAGAUUCGUUGUCAAAUGGAACGGAGAGAUGUGCCUCCGGGUCGGUAAGUCCACGAACACUGCUAACAUCCCAAUCAAGUCUGAGCUUGCUUACUUGGGCGUCCAGCUCUCGUACGGGAGCUACGAACUUCAGUCAGCGAAGCACCGCUGCAAACUGGCCAAGGUUGCCUUCAGCCGUCUACAUCGUGUUCUUCGCACGGGAGCGGUGCUCUCCAAGGCUGCCAAGCUCAGAAUAUACAGGGCAUGCGUUUGGCCGGUUUUAGCUUACGGGUUGCCUGGGCUGGGUUUGGAUGCUAGGGCAAUGGACAGCGUAUGCAGCACAGCAGCCAUGCACCUUCGGAAAAUCCUCCGCCUAUAUCAACACGGCAUCUCCAACAUGUCUGUCUUUGAGCAAGCGGGCUUGAAUCCGGAGGACGAGCUUCUAAAAAGUGUGACCGCGCAGCUCAAUAAGUAUGACUCAGGCGACGGCGCCACAUCUUCGCAGGGGAGGCAGGAAGCUCAGAGGAUUCAGACCAAUCUUCAAGAGAUCAUUCGCAGUCGAGGCAGGGGCAUACUACCCCACACCCAGACCUCGGAGAUUUCGUGCCCGGUCUGCGGCUUGUACUUUGGUUCCGAGGCUGGCUUGGCGAUGCACAUAAAAAGCAAACACAAAACGACACAUGAGGAAGCUAAGCUGCAAUACAUUAAGUCUCAGCAUUCCCUUUUCGGCAUUCCAAUGUGCAAGUUCUGCCUGAAAGUCCAUUGUGAUUGGCAAUCCUUGGAGAAACACAUCACCAUGGGGGACUGCAUGGAAAUUAAGACCGCCAUUGCAAAGGGCAUCACGAUGGAGCAGCUGCUGGAGAACACGGAGAAGGCACAGGAAUUAUGCCCGCCACAGCCUCCAGAAGCUCUUAGGCAUCGGGUGGAACACAAGGUUCUACUUGCUGAGGAUGCGGCUAUGUUCUUGGCGCAGAACUCGGAGCUAGAGGGGCAUACAGAGCAAAUCCGCAGUCUCUCCACACGCUGUGCCCUGUGCGGUCAGGUUGUGCUCAGUGGCACUCGAGUAAAACCACACUGGAGAAAGGCGCACCCAGCGGCAUGGGCGUGGGCCUCACAAGAUGCCAUCAGCGAGUGCAAGAGCCUGUCCUCGAUGUUUCGCAAGCCUUGUCAGUUCUGCGGAAGCCAAGCCAAGAAUUCCAUGGCACAUGCCGGUCAGUGUCCAGCUCUCUUCCAAGUCUUGGCUGGUAGAUGCUUACGGAGUCGUGGACUUCAGGAGGGCGCAGGUGCGGACUCGAAGGCCUUCCGGAAGGGUGCUGGAGAAGGGACAAAGAGGAUGCCCGACAAGGCGCCACAGGAGACGACCGAUGGCAGUGGGGAGAGGGAUAGUCAGCGCAGGCUGGAAGUUCGAGCCGUGCCCAAGCAGAAGAAGACAGGCCAGCUCUCCAUUAGGCAAAUGUUUGGGAGAGCUCGCUCUGCAGCGCCAGCAGACGAGUUGCCAGAGACGGACGAGCGCUGGCCAUGGACUUUCUGUCUGAGGCUGGGCAACCCACAUCAGCUUUGCUAUAUGAACGCGGGCAUCACUUCACUGCUUCAUGCAUCUCAGGGAAUGAGACUCGCUGAGUUGAAUCACUCUGUAGGCAAUACGCUGGUAGCGGUCAACUCUUGGCGCUUUCGCGUCAGCUGGUCAUUAGAAGUCGUCUCCCCAGGUGGGUACAUCAAUGGCGCCAAGGACACCUCGCGGGUUGACUUGACCGCAGAUGUUUUGGUUCCCGAGUUUGAUGAGGGUGUUGCAGUGAGGUGGCAUACGUACAGGGUUCAGGCGGUGGUCCCUCACCUUGGCGCAAGGCCCACGGCGGGACACUACAGAGCUCUUCUACGAGCGGGAGAUCAGUGGGGAUACUCAGAUGAUGGGGUGCGUGCAAGAGUUGUGGACAUGGCCACAGAAUUUCAGCGCAAUGCAUACAUGCUUUUCCUGAUCCGCAUGACUGAGCAACUGGAUCCGGCGCAGCAGCAGGAGAUGGCUUUCUUUGAUAGCUACAUGCCAAGCGGCAAGAAGGCCAUGGAGAACAAAGACUCCAAGGAUGAUGAGAAUCCCUUGAAAUACCCCAGGUCAAACGAGAAAGGCCAAGGGGGUGGAAGUGGCAAAGGCAACGAUCGCAAACCAGCGCCGAGCAGCAAGGCCCAUCCCAAGCAGGAUGGCGGCAACGACGAAGGAUGGCAAGGCUGGUGGAACCAGAACAAGGAGUCAAAAUCUGGAGGCCGUAUAGCCGCGCUUGAGCAGCAGGUGGCUCUUCUGUCCAAAAUGUCGCUGCGACACGAAGACAGCCUUAAUAUGCUACGUGCUGAAGUCUCUUUCGUAGCGCGUGCGAAGAUAGGCUGCGAGUCGAGCAUUGUUGGAGCCUUGCAUCGUGUUCAAGCUGGAUGGCGAGAGCUGAAAAAGAGCCAGCCGGAGAAGCUGGACAAGCCGACGCGCUGCACGCUCAUCCUGUGCCUCUUUAGAGAGGUACUCAGCAGAGUGGAGAAACUGCCGACAGACGAAAAGGCCCUGGCGGAAUUUAAGGCUCACGGAUGGAUCUCGGAGGAUCUGAACUUUUGGCCAGUGUUGGCUUGGGAUGCUGAGCAGAAGAAGCUACUGCCGGUUCAAUCCUCUCCAGGGCUUCCGACUGCCGUGCUGGUAGAUCACUUGAAGGCUGUGAGCAGGCAUUGCACAGGGGACUACGCCCUGAGCCGCUUUCACCCAGUGAGGCCGAUUGCGGACACGAUGACGGGGGAGAGCGUAGUCUUUCUUCUUCAAGUUGGGUUGUCGUCGGACAGUGCCACUCAGCUUGGGCUGCACCUACGAGCUCUAUUCGUGAACAGCGCUUUGCAGCUUUGCGGAUGCUCCCUGAAACCGGACCGAGCCCCGCGGUCAAAUCUGGCCAUGCAAGUUUCGAGGAACAUUGGGUGA